CUGUGCCGGGCGAACAAGAGUGUGGAAUGAGCUAACUCAGUGUGACCGUGAGUCACGCCAUGGUUCCCCUAGAGCCCGCCCCUCUUGGCUGGCCGGCCAGGGUAAGGUGGGGUGGGCACUGCCCCGUGCCCCUCAGAAUUCCAGGGGCAGGCUUCCCUCGGGGCUGCCCCCUUGGGCCAUGGCUGUGGAGCCUGUGGCUGUUGGCUGGCCUGUAAGUGUCUCGCCCUCCUUCUCCUGGUGGGAGUUGCUCCUUGUCCCCAAGGCUGGCCAACCCACCUUGAGGGCCUGGGGCUGGCUCCUCAGGCCUCUUCCUCCUCCUCCUCCCCACCGGCUGGGUGGGGGUGGGAAGGGGGCGGGUGCAGCCGGCUGAGCCCGAUGAUUUCCUGCCCUCGCCCGGGGCUCACCACAGCUUCCUGCCGCAGACGGGCAGGCGCGGAGGAGAGACAGGCGCCUAGCCGAGGGGCAGGUAGGGCUGGGGCGCACGGGCUGCGCUGGGGUGACUGGCGCCCCAGACUCUGACCCGGACCCCGGCCGGACUGCCCUGGGAUCCCGGGUCUUCCCCAGCCAGUGCUGACCUUCACGCUGCCCAGCAAGGGGAGGGGGCCCAGGGAGGGCCCCAGGAGGGCGCAGCUGCCCCCCCUCAGGCUUCCAGGCUGGUGCCCACUCAGCUCUCGCACCCCUGCCGGCCCAGCCCUCACCCUGUGGCAGCUUGGCCCUUGAGGGUGUGCGGCGGGCAGCUCGGCCUGGUCCAAGCUCUCUCCCGCAGAUGGAGGUGGUCGUCCUGAUCCCCUAUGUGCUGGGCCUCCUGCUGCUGCCUCUGCUGGCUGUGGCGCUGUGCGUGCGCUGCCGGGAGAUGCCAGGCUCUUACGACACUGGUGCCUCUGAUAGCUUGACCCCAAGCAUCGUGCUCAAACGGCCUCCCACGGUCGUGCCCUGGCCGUCAGCCACCUCCUACGCACCUGUUACCUCCUAUCCACCCCUGAGCCAGCCGGACCUGCUCCCUAUCCCGAGGUCCCCACAGCCCCACCGCAUGCCAUCUUCCCGGCAGGACUCAGAUGGGGCCAACAGUGUGGCGAGCUACGAGAAUGAGGGUACGUCUGGGGCCCCAGGUGCCCUGGUGGCAGGGAGGCUGGGGCCUGGCCCGGGCCCUGCUGAUCGCUGUGUCGUCACCCCAGAGCCCGUCUGUGAGGACGACGACGAGGACGAGGAGGAUUAUCAUAACGAGGGCUACCUGGAGGUGCUUCCUGACAGCACGCCGACCACCAGCACUGCUGUCGCACCGGCUCCCGUGCCCAGCAACCCCGGCCUCCGAGACAGCGCCUUCUCCAUGGAGUCGGGGGAGGAUUACGUGAACGUCGCCGAGAGUGAGGAGAGUGCCAACGUGUCUCUGGAUGGGAGCCGGGAGUAUGUGAACGUGUCCCAGGAGCUGCCGCCCAUGGCUAGGACCCAGCCUGCCAUCCUGAACUCCCAGAAGGUGGAGGAUGAGGACGACGAAGAGGAAGAGGGAGCUCCAGAUUAUGAGAAUCUGCAGGGGCUUCACUGAGGGUCCGCGUGAGGCCAUGCCUGUUUUGGAACUAGCCUCGCCUGGGAACCCCCGAGCCGGGCAGCCGGCAGGGCCCUGGGGGCCCCACGUGGCACCCUGCCCUGACUCCAGCCGGAGAGCUGUCUGAGAACCUCCCCCCUAACUUAUUGUCACUUUGGGGUCCAGUCUGUGUGCCCCCGACACUGCACCUUCUGACGCAGCCUGAGAAUGGACUACCCUGGCCCAGCCCUAUUCUGCAGUUGAAUAAAGGCUGACGUGGUCUGUAGCGCUCUUGCCUUUUGGGGGGCCCAGUGGAUGGGAGUCUGCAUGAGGGGGGUGCCUUGCCCGAGCACCUGUGUGAGAUUGCGUGUGUGUGCACGAGCCUGUGUGUGCGUCUGGGGUCUCCAUCCUCCCCGGGGCUGCCGUGCUCCCGACGGUCCUGACCAGGUACUGGGAGUGGCUGGAUGGUGGCAGGGACAUGGCUGUGGCACCUCGGCGCGAGGCAAGUCCGACCCAGGCUGCCACUCCUGGGCUUUGAUGCACCCCCCAUAAGACAGUCCACGGCUGUGGCAGACAAUGGCUGGGAUGGGAGGGCAGGGCCUGGGGGAGCCCCGGUGCGAAGUGGACACCUAGCAAGACCGCUUCCCGCUGGCCCUCAGUUUCUCCAUCUUUAAAGGAAGGGGGCGGACUGGACGCCAGGGCAGCUGAAAGGUAAUGUGCAGUGCAGCCUUUUCCGACCUUGGUGUGCAGAUGACUCCCUUGGAGGUCUUGCUAAAAUGCAGAUUCCGAAUGAGUAGGUCUGGGAUGGGGCCUGGGCGUGUGCACUUCACAGGAGCUACCAGGGCCUUCCGACAGCUCUGUUCCGAGAACCGCACUUUGAGCAGCUUCUGGGCGAUGCCGUGGUCACUGUGACUGGCUCUGGUCUGGGCACGUAACCUAACCUGGGCCCCUGAGGACCGGCCCUGGGAUUUGGGCAGGAAGUGUCUGGAAGGCGAAACUCUCGUUCAUGGCCAUUGGUAAACUGGAAGAGUCUCUUCCUUGAGCCCCUGUUGGAGAGGCUGCCCGAGAUUGAAGGCCGUGUGGAGGACAGAAUGGCCCAGAGACGGACAGGGCCAGCUUCCUGAUGGUGUCCAAAUUCCUGCAUCCAGUCACAGCUGAAACGAGACACCCCCUCCGGCUUCCCAGUUACGUGGACCAAUAAAUUCCCAGUUGUCUUCAA